CCGGGCUGUACCGGACACUCAUUUGUAAGGAGUAAACACUCGCGUGCCUGAGCCCUCUUCCCCACAACCACCAUUCCUCGUCGUGCCCUAAUUUCCCCAUUCUGCGACGCCCUCUCCCCGACAUCCUCCAUUCUCAGGCGAGUAGUCACACCCAGGAGGCCGCAAAGCUGACUUGCGACGCCGUCGUCCACAACACACCAACGGAGGCCGGAAGUUUCUCACCCAGGGGGCAUUCUUGCGAUUCGCCGAGUCUCCGUUCCGAUCCGCGCUAAGGCGUACACCAACGAACUUGUCCAAACUGCUCGCCGAUCUCGCUGCUGCCGCCCAGCUCCCUUUUAAAGGUGGAGGAAAAACAAAAUGUUUCUCAAAGUACAGUUGCCCUGGAAUGUCAUAAUCCCUCCUGAAAACCUGGAUGCAGAAGGAUUAAAGCUUCAAUCGUCAAUUAUUAUUCGCCUGUUGGGCGACUUUGCUGCCAGAAAGGCCUCAAAGGAUCUUGGAUAUCAUCUUGCUGUCACAACUCUGGAGAGCAUAGGAGAGGGGAGAGUAAGACAGCAAACUGGAGAUGUUAUCUUUCCAGUUGUUUUUAGCGCCCUCACCUUCAAUCUGUACAGAGGAGAGAUUGCAGAGGGGGUUGUCCACAGGGUACUCAAGCUUGGGGUCUUUUUGAGAUGUGGGCCAAUCGAAAACAUUUAUCUUGCUCAUUCGAAAAUGCCAGGUUACUGCUACGAGGGUGGGGAGAGUCCAGUGUUCCGGGACAACCAGUCGAAGAUCGAAAGUAAUGUUGUCAUCCGUUUCAUUGUGAUUGGAACAAUGUGGCUGGAGGCGGACAGGGAAUUUCAAGCACUGGCCAGUUUGGAGGGCGAUUAUCUAGGACCAAUUGCGUAGUGUUAGGAUAUAUGUUUUAUAAGUCGCGAGUAGGCUCUUUAUUCAGCAAUCUGAAGGAAUUGAAGACUUACUGCUGAAUACAAUGAGAGCUCCUACGAGGUCCGCUCCUUCCUCAAAGCUGUUUCCAAUCUCAGACAAUCCCAUGACAAUUUGAGCCUGAGCUGAUUCCAAGAAAGAAAUUUGCUUUCAAGAACAAAGUGUCCGAGACAAAAGGUUGCACAUCCAUGGCUGCUGUGGUGAUGCUUUUAUUAAAUUUGUGAAUAUGUAUGUUUGUUGAGUGUUGUUGGAUAUCUAAGGUCACUGAAAUAUUUUGAUAUUGAGUACAUUUCAAUGGUAUCAUGUUCUAAAUCAACAGUAGUUUUUCUUAUAGUAGUGCAGUUUCAGAUUAUUUGCUUUGGAAGCUUUUAUUUGUACCUUAAGAUGUUACUGAUUA